AUGUCAAAAACUUACAACAAAGAAUGUUCCGAAGUGAAGGAGAAAAUAGAUACUACUAUGCAGCUGUAUACUCAAGCCGUACAAAAUCGUGAAACAUAUUUUUUGGAGAAGGUUGAGAACUUGCGUAAGUCGAAGAUAAACGAAUUGAAUCAAUAUAUGAAUACACUGCGUGGUAUGCUCGCUGGUUUAUCUCAUAUAAGUGAAUUGAUAAUACAUAGCAUAGAUUCCGACGGAAUAAAUUUGUUUAAUAUUAAAGAAAAGGCCAAAUAUGAGGUAAAUUUAUUUUCAGCUAUGUUCAAGAAUAUGCAGGUGAAGAAGGAGAGAAUUUUGUAUAGUACCCCGAACUAUAACUUAAUAAACCAAUUAGGGCAUUGUGAUGUACAACGGAUUUACCCGACUUCUGGUCAAAUAUACAACUCUGUUUCCCAACAAACUUUAAUACCAAUGCAGUCCUUGCUGGCAGGUCAAUUAACAAUUUGUCCUCCACGCAGUAUUGGACAAGCCAUUCCAGGUUAUCGGAAGUCGGUAUCCGUAAAGCCAACUAGUAGCUUACGCCUUGGAGAGCCUAUGUUUUCUUUUGGUCGUGAGGGACCAAACGAAGCCGAAAUUGCUAGACCGUGGGGUUUAUGUGUAGAUAGAGAAGGCAAUGUCAUAGUUGCCGAUAGACGUAAUGACCGUAUUCAAAUAUUCAGUAAGGAUGGUGAAUUUAAAAGCAUGUUCGGUUCUAAAGGCGAUGGCCCUGGUCAAUUUGACCUCCCAUCUGGUAUUACAACUGACAUAUUUGACAGAAUUAUUGUUGCAGAUAAGGAUAACCACAGAAUCCAAAUAUUUACAAUGGUAGGAAAGUACAUCCUCGAGUUUGGGUCAUUUGGUAAAAAAUGUGGAGAGUUUCAUUACCCAUGGGAUGUAGCUACAAAUACCUUAGGAAAUAUUGUUGUGACUGACACGCGUAAUCACCGAAUUCAACUAUUUACAACCAACGGGACUUACAUCACCCAAUAUGUAUUUGAGAGUCUUCACUCAACCACAAUGUUGAGGGGUCCAACAAUUCCGAGAGGUGUGAGCUUCACAACGUUUGGCAACAUAGUAGUAACCGAUUUUGAGAACAAUCGUAUAAUAAUGUUAGAUUCAACUCUAUCAAAAGUUCUACAUUGUGCAGAGUCUGAAGGUUUCGGUACUAAUGAACUAAAUCGUCCAUCAGGCGUUGCGAUCGAUGAUGAAGGUCGGAUUAUUGUAGCAGAUUCAAAAAAUUAUCGUAUAGUCCUGUUUACUUCGCAACUCCGUCGCCUGUCUACUGUGAACUUCAAGAGUACAGACUUCGACAAAGACAGACCGAGUGACGUAGCCCUAACUAUGGAGGGUUAUUUAGUGGUAUUAUUUGAAUCUCGGUCCUUUCCAGACACGGCUUACAAUAUCUCUACUAACUUUUCCCCGGAUUUCUCGUGCAAGCGUUACAUCAAAGUAUAUUCAUAA